CCUAGAUAUUUUUUAAUCAUACCAAAACAAAUAAAAAGACUUGAAAAUGAUGCUUUUCAAUAUGAGAGCGAUCAUGAUUCUCCUCUUAGCAAGUAUGCAAAAUUGGGAAAUAUGCGGGCUUCCGACCACGUCUACAAGCUGGAAUCAAGGAGAUCCUAUGAAAGGUAUUCAAAAUAAGGAAGGAUUUUUGGGUAUUGAGGAAGACAAGAUAAUCAAAAGGGCUUCUUUGUGGGAUCGUGUAAGAGGCAAGAAGAUUAUAGAAGAUGCUCCCAAACAGACAUACCAAUAUAAAAAACUAGAGAAGGAAGGUGAUCACAGUCAACACGCUGAACAUAGUGGCGAGACAAGCUCACAUCACAGUGAAGGACAAAUCAGUGAAAGCAGUUUACAUGGUUCUACGCGCAAACCUACUCCUUCUUGGUUACAACGUGGCAAUUUCCCUGAACAUGGUUCGCUUCCCUUGAAUACUUCAUCGCAACCUCCAUCUGGACAAUUAACGGUUCAAUCGUUGAGUACAGGCGGACGAAAGAUCGAGGAUAAAGUUAAUCAACUUCAAGGAGGCGUUCAACACCGUGAAAGAUUUAGGGAUGGAUUCACAUUAAUCAGAGGAGCAAAAGCAGCAAAAAAAGUGCUACGACAAGGUGCAAAAUUGGACAAGAUGGAUUCCAAGCCACCUUCUACAUUACGUACCGUCAUCAAUGCCAUCCCAAGAAAAGUAACACAAGUGCAAUACAACAAAAAUCUUAAAACUUUAGGUCGCGUCGAAAAGGAUGUCAAUAUAAACAUGAGAUCAGGAAGGAUGAACAAGAACGUUCUCAGAGAUAUUGCUGAGACUGCUCAUCGAAUUAAUGAUAUCAAAAUUGAAUUGAAAAAUGAAAAGAAGGCUAAGAAGGCUUCUAAAGGUUCUUUGUAA